AUGGAGACGCCGCGCUCAGCUACCACCGCUGGGCGGUCAACAAGCGCGGGCCUGGCGGAGCGCGGUGGCGCGCGAAGGCCGCGAGGGGACCGGGAGCGGCUGGGUCCCCGGCGGCGCGCACCUCGGCUCAGCCGGGAGCUGCGCCAGUCGGAGCGCCCAGCCGAGCGCGGCCCGCCUCCCUCUCAGCGUUCAUCUCUGCGGAGUACAGCCAGCGGAUAUGACCGAUCCACCAGAGGCGCCGCCACCGGCGCUUGCAAGCCGCGGGUGAAGAAGAAAGUCCGUCCCCGCUCGACCCGGAGCGAGAAGGUGACCCAGCGCAAGGAGGCGACUCGGCACAAGGAGGUGACCGAGGCCGAGGAAGUGACCCGGCGCAAGGAGGUGACCAAAGCCGAGGAGGUGACCAAGGCCAAGGAGGUGACCAAGGCCAAGGAGGUGAUCGAGGCCGAGGAGGCGACCCGGGACAAGGACGUGACCAGGGCGGAGGAGGUGGCUUGGGCCGAGGAGGUGACCCAGACCGAGGAGGAGACCCAGACCGAGCUGGUGACCCAGAUCGAGGAGGUGACCCAGACGGAGGAGGUGAUCCAGGCCGAGGAAAUGGCGGCAGCCGGGCUCAGCGUGACCGUCACCCACAGCAAUGAGAAGCACGACCUUCAUGUUACCCCACAGGAGGGCAGCAGUGAACCAAUUGUCCAAGACCUGGCCCAGGUUGUUGAAGAAGCCACAGGGGUUCCACUGCCUUUUCAGAAGCUCAUAUUUAAGGGAAAAUCUCUGAAGGAAAUGGAGACGCCUUUGUCAGCACUUGGAAUACAAAAUGGUUGCCGGCUUAUGUUAAUUGGGGAAAAGAACAAUCCAGAGGAAGAGGUUGAACUAAAGAAGCUGAAAGAUUUGGAGAAGUCUGUGAAGAAGGUUGCUGACCACCUAGAAGAACUGACUAAAGAACUUACUGGAAUCCAGCAGGGUUUUCUGGCUAAGGAGUUGCAAGCUGAAGCUCUCUGCAAACUUGAUAGGAGAGUGAAGGGUACAAUUGAGCAGUUUAUGAAGAUCUUAGAGGAGAUUGACACAAUGAUCCUACCAGAAAAUUUCAAGGACAGUAGGUUAAAAAGAAAAGGCUUGGUGAAAAAGGUUCAGGCAUUCCUAUCUGAGUGUGACACAGUGGAGCAGAACAUCUGCCAGGAGACUGAGCGGCUGCAGUCUACAAAUUUGGCCCUUGCUGAGUGAGGUGCAUUGGAGGCUCUGCUCUCUACCAGUUCAGCUGAAUUGCAGCACCACAGCCCUGCCCUCUCUGGAACAGAAGUUGCCUAUUUCUCUAAGCCACCAGAAGCAACUAGCCAAUUGCCAAUUUUCUUACUCCUACACCAGUUCUCAAUGAAAAAGUACUGUCUUUGCAACCUUAAGUAGAGUUCCGUUUUCUCAUUCUGUCUUUGUGUGGCUGUGCUGUCAAGCAGUAACCUUAUCUGGCAAGGGCCUACCUGCCCAUGUUUUACUCACUUGCUUUUUUUUUCCCCCCAGUACAGAGGUUUGAACUCAGUGCC